UGGUCAGGAUGGCUGCGAUCCUUGAGAUGAAGGUCAUCACGACGGAACAGAACCCCAAGGCGCUUGGCGCAACGGUUCCCGAGCUUGGGAUCGACAAGCUCCCAGCACACCUCAACCUCGGGACACACUCGAAGACUCUGUUCUCUAUGUUCACGCCAGAGGUCUGCAAGGCCCUUGGCGGCCGCUACGCGAACUGGCACGACGCGAGCGCUGUCAUCGACCCUGAAGGGAUUGACCGCGUGAUCAUCGUCGGCAUCGAGUCGCACGUCUGCGUCUUCCAAACAGCGAUGGAUGCGGCGGGGCGGAACAACGGCAACGGACCUCGCCCUAUUGUGCUGGCUGAUGCCGUCUCGAGCAUCAACCCACAAGAAAUUGCCGUCAGCCUAGACCGUAUGCGCCACUCGGGCGUCGAUGUUGCCACCUCUGAGAGCGUGCUGUUCCAGCUCAUGGGUGACGCCAGCCACCCCCGCUUCCGUGAGUUCUCCAAGCUCGUCAAGGAGGAGAAGGACAACACUUCUGGGACCCUGCAGAAGAUGAUCGGCGCUGUCCCAAUCUAGAGCAAAAUGCAUUGUUGUACACGUGA